AUGACAUUCACCGUUGCUCAACGACAGCGGGCCAUCGGCCUGUACAAGCGUCUUCUUCGCACCUCUCGCAAGACGUUCGAUGGAGACUCUACAGCCAUCUCUGCUGCUAGAGACGAGACUCGUCGCCGAUUCAAGGUGGCAGCGCAGGAGACCGACUCGGGCAAAAUCGAUGAAGGACUCAAGAUGGGUGACGAGAUCGUCUCAGUCUUGCGUCAAAACGUGGUGCAGGGAAAGUGGCGACAGGAGCGAGAUGCUUAUGAACUUCGCAUGACCAAAGAUACCGAGCUCGGCACCAACGACAGCAUCAAAGAAGCAAGAGCAAAGCAGAUUGCCGAUCUCAAAGCCGGCAAGAAGCCAGAACGCAAGAGUUGUCGCGAGAUGGCAGCCCAAUACCAGGCGGCUUCCUCCUCACCUUCGUCUUCGUCCAUGGCGUCAGCCUCUUCUUCCGCAUUCAACAACGUUCGUGGAUUCUCGACCUUCACGCGACCCACCACUUCUUCCAUCGUGGCGCAAGCGAGCGGCUUCCAAUUGCAGCGCAGCGGCUUCUCCUCGUCCGCUCCCAGUGCAUCGCGCGACCCAUCAGCGGUUGUGCAAACACCGCUCCCUCGACCCGUACCGAAAUUCUCCUCGACAACCAUCCUGGCCGACGGCUCUUCGAUUCAGCUCGCAACCACCUCGCCACGUCGACUGACUCGCCUGACGCGAGACCCGACCAACCAUCCUCUGUGGAACCCGGGUCAGGAGCGCAAGAUCGGAGGUGAUGCAGGUGACGACAGCGGUCGACUGGGCAGGUUCAGGAGGAGAUUCGAGGGUCUCGAUGGCGCAAGUGGUGCAGCGGCAGAGGCGCAGAAGGAUGUGCAGGGAGAGGUGAAGUUCGGUCAGGAUGAUUUGGACUGGAUGAGUGUAGGCGGUAGGGAGGCGAGGGCUGGUUCCCCGAUCGCGGCAAAGAAGGCUGUCAAGGGCAAAGGUCGUAAGUGA